AGGGCUCUCUAACCGGUCAGCCUCUCUCUUCCUCACUGCCAAGUUUGCAUUGGUCUUCAGCAGCGGCGCUCAACGUCAACACCAACGCUAACACCGGUGGAGCUCGCCAGGCCUACGUGGAGCUGAAUGAACUGAUGGGUACGCAGGGUCAGGCAGCCUGGCAGGAGACUGCCCGAUGGGUGGGCCACGAGGAGAACUACGACCCCGAGGCAGGGCGCUGGGGCCAGUCGCACGUCUCCUACCUCACCUUCAAGAGCCUGGUCCAGCUGCGCCGGACACUCAAUACCGGCGUGGUCCUGCUGGACAUGAAGGAGAAAACGCUGGCCAGCAUCAUGGGGAAGCUGGUGGACGAGAUGGCCAACAAGAAGGCCAUUGAUCCCAGCAACAAAGAUGGCGUCUUAAACAUUCUCCUUCAGAACCGAAGCCCUCCACAGGACACACAGCCUCUAACAGUGGAAAAUGAGAUGAAGAGUUUCUCAGUCGCUGACAGGAGAGACGCGUCUGAGAACCUGGAGGCAUCCAUGGUGCUUGUCGGUGCCCUGGACUUCCUGGACCGGCCCGUGGUGGCGUUUGUGCGUCUGAAGGAGGCGGAGGUUCUGGAGGCUGCUCUGGAGGCCCCAGUGCCGGUCCGCUUCCUGUUUGUGCUCAUUGGACCCACCAAGAGUGACAUAGACUACCACGAGACAGGACGCGCCAUGGCAGCACUUAUGGCCGACAGGGUGUUUAACCAGGUGGUGCUGCAGGUGCAGAGUGAGUGUGAGCUGACGGACGCCGUGGCCGACUUCAUGGACUGCAGCGUGGUGAUCCCGCCCACAGAGAUCCAGAGCGAGGCCAUGCUCCACUCUCUGAUUGGCUUCCAGAGGAAGCUCCUGCAGGACAGGCUCCGCCUCUCCGACCCACAGACACGCCUCGAACGGAGGCGCUCAAGUGUAAGGAAAGUGUCCAUCGCGUCCUCCGUGCCACCCCCCGAGGACCCGUUGGUGCGUACGGGCGUUCCGUUUGGAGGUAUGAUGCGGGACAUCAGGAGACGUUACCAGCACUACAGAAGUGACAUCACAGACGCGAUGAACGCACAGGUCCUGGCCGCAGUGAUCUUCAUCUACUUCGCCGCACUGUCGCCUGCCAUCACCUUCGGAGGACUGCUUGCUGAUAAGGUGGAGAACAUGAUGGGCGUGCCAGAGCUGCUGAUCUCCACCUCGGUGCAGGGCAUCAUCUUCUGCCUGGUGGCCGCGCAGCCCGUCCUCGUCAUCGGCUUCUCUGGACCGCUGCUCGUGUUUGAGGAGGCCUUCUUCGCUUUUUGCAAGUCCCAAGAAAUUGAGUACAUCGUGGGCCGGGUGUGGGUUGGCGUCUGGUUGGUGGUCAUCGUCGUGGUGAUAGUUGCCGCGGAGGGCAGUUUCCUGGUCAGGUUCAUCUCCCGCUUCACUCAGGAGAUCUUCUCCAUCCUCAUCUCCCUCAUCUUCAUCUACGAGACCUUCGCCAAGCUGGGCCGGAUCUUCAAGGCCCACCCUCUCAUCCUGAACUACGACCGCCUGAAUGACACCAUAGAGGACCCUUGGUACCCGACAGUGGUCCGCGAGCAAAUCCGUGACAACGCCACGGGCAACAUCACCAUGGUGACCAAGACCAUGAUGCGGGCGUACCCCAACACCGCCCUGCUCUCCAUGUGCCUGAUGUUCGGCUGUUUCUCCAUCGCCUACUACCUGCGCAUCUUCAAAAACGGCACCUUCUUUCCAGGAAAGCUGCGUCGUCUGAUGGGAGACUUCGGAGUGCCCAUUGCUAUCUUCCUCAUGAUCGUGGUGGACAUCAACAUCGAGGACACCUACACUCAGAAACUGGUGGUGCCCAAGGGCCUACAGGUGUCCAACCCGCAGAUGAGGGGCUGGCUGAUCAACCCCUUCGGAGAGCACAAGACCUUCCCCGUGUGGAUGAUGUUCGCCUGCGUGGUCCCCGCCCUCCUGGUCUUCAUCCUCAUCUUCCUCGAGUCCCAGAUCACUACUUUGAUCAUUAGCAAGCCCGAGAGGAAGAUGGUCAAGGGCUCAGGGUUCCACUUCGACCUGCUGCUCCUGGUCAGUAUGGGGGGUCUCAGUGCCAUUUUCGGGGUCCCCUGGCUGAGUGCGGCCACUGUGCGCUCGGUCACCCAUGCCAACGCCCUCACCGUCACCAGCAAGGGCCCCAAGCCCGUCAUAGAGAAGGUUCUGGAACAAAGGAUAAGCGGAGUGUUGGUGGCGUUACUGGUUGGCCUGUCCAUCCUCAUGGAGCCCAUCCUGAAGACCAUCCCGAUGACCGCUCUCUUCGGAAUCUUCCUCUACAUGGGCAUCACCUCGCUGAGCGGGAUCCAGCUCUGGGAUCGGAUACUGCUCCUGCUGGUGCCCAAGAAAUACCACCCCAACGAGCCGUACGCCACCUUGGUGAAGACGAACAGAAUGAACCUGUUCACCAUCAUCCAGCUCGUGUGCCUGGCCGUUCUGUGGAUCAUCAAGUCCAGUCCUAUCUCGUUGGCUCUACCUUUUAUCCUCAUCAUGACCAUUCCCCUGCGCAUGUUCAUGACCGGCAGACUCUUCACUGAGCUCGAGAUGAAAUGCCUGGACGCAGACGAUGCCAAGGUGGUGCUGGAGGAGGAGCUUGGAGUGGACGUGUAUGCAGAGUCCCAGAUGCCCCUGUAGAUACCCCUAACUUCCUCUCAGUCCCACAUGCCCCUGUAGAUACCCUCUAAUCUGCUCCCUCAAUCCCAGAUGCCCUGAUAGAUACCACCUAACCUGCUCCCUCAGUCCUAGAUGCCCCUGUAGAUACCCUCUAACCUGCUCCC